CUGAGUUUAGCUUUGUCGCCAGGAGAGGAGGGAGCGCUCGUUUCUCUUCCAGAGCUCCUAAACCCCCUCAAGAUGGUUUCUCUGAGCAGAGCUUCAAAGACCCUAACGCCACUCAAAUACCUAUCUCUGGCACAUACUCCCUCUAAAUAUGGCCCAUUUUCAUCGAUAUUCAAAGACAACCCGUUAUGCACCAGACUAAAUAACAAGCAUUUUGGUUUGAGCCAUGGAUUCACCUCUCAAUCUCGCCAAAAUAGCGAAGAGAAUGCCAUAGAUUUGAGCCAGUACCCUUCCGAGAGGAUCAGAAACUUUUCCAUUAUCGCGCACGUUGACCACGGCAAGUCUACGCUCGCUGACCGGCUUUUGGAGCUCACUGGGACCAUUAAGAGGGGCCAUGGUCAGCCUCAGUACCUCGACAAGUUGCAGGUAGAGAGAGAACGGGGAAUUACGGUAAAAGCUCAGACAGCAACCAUGUUUUACAAUCACAAUUUUCAUGGUACCAACGCAAGUGAUAUGCAAGACCAAGCAAGUUUUCUACUAAAUCUGAUAGACACACCAGGUCAUGUGGAUUUCAGCUAUGAAGUAUCAAGAUCCCUAGCAGCUUGCCAGGGUGUUCUUUUGGUUGUUGAUGCUGCGCAAGGUGUUCAAGCGCAAACUGUUGCUAACUUUUAUCUUGCCUUUGAAUCCAACCUGACAAUAAUACCUGUCAUAAAUAAGAUUGACCAGCCAACUGCCGAUCCUGAACGGGUUAAAGCUCAGCUGAAAUCAAUGUUUGAUCUUGACCCUAUAGAUGCUCUUUUAACAUCUGCUAAAACGGGGCAGGGUCUGGAGCAAGUCCUUCCAGCAGUUAUAGAGCGCAUUCCUCCUCCUCCUGGGAAGAGUACUUCACCUUUGCGUAUGCUUUUAUUGGAUUCGUAUUAUGAUGAAUACAAAGGAGUAAUAUGCCAUGUUGCAGUUGUUGAUGGUAUGCUGCAUAAGGGGGAUAAGAUUUCAUCUGUAGCAACUGGCCAAGCUUAUGAAGUUUUGGAUGUUGGGAUCAUGCAUCCUGAACUCACCCCCACUGGAGUCCUUCAUACUGGACAAGUGGGAUAUGUUGUGAGUGGAAUGCGUUCAACCAAAGAGGCUCGUGUUGGAGACACUCUUUAUUAUAGUCGAAGCAUUGUAGAGCCACUUGCAGGAUUCAAGCCUGCAAAACAUAUGGUCUUCUCUGGUCUUUAUCCGGCUGAUGGAUCUGAUUUUGAAGCGCUCAAUCAUGCAAUAGAGAGACUGACAUGCAAUGAUGCUAGCGUCUCCAUUUCCAAAGAGAGUAGCACUGCACUAGGUCUGGGUUUUAGGUGUGGUUUCUUAGGCUUACUUCACAUGGAUGUUUUCCAUCAGCGGCUUGAACAGGAGUAUGGAGCUCAUGUUAUUUCUACUGUUCCAACUGUUCCUUAUAUUUUUGAGUUUUCUGAUGAAAGCAAGGUUGAAGUACAGAAUCCUGCUGCAUUGCCCUCGAAUUCCAAGCUACGUGUUACAGCUUGUUGGGAACCUACUGUACUAGCUACAAUUAUCAUUCCUAGUGAGUAUGUGGGGGCUGUUAUUACCCUAUGUUCUGAGAGGAGAGGGCAGCAGUUGGAGUACACAUUCAUUGAUAGUCAGCGGGCAUUUAUGAAGUAUCGCUUGCCUUUGAGGGAAAUUGUUGUUGACUUUUACAAUGAACUGAAAAGUAUAACAUCAGGAUAUGCAUCGUUUGAUUAUGAGGACGCUGAUUAUCAACAAUCUGAUCUGGUGAAACUCGAUAUCCUCUUGAAUGGACAACCAGUUGAUGCAAUGGCAACCAUUGUUCACACCUUGAAGGCACAACGUGUUGGUCGUGAACUGGUUGAUAAACUGAAAAAAUUCAUAGACAGGCAAAUGUUUGAGAUAACAAUACAAGCUGCAAUUGGAUCAAAGAUCAUUGCAAGGGAGACGAUUACGGCUUUGAGAAAGAAUGUUCUCGCGAAGUGUUAUGGUGGGGACGUUACUCGGAAGAGGAAGUUGUUGGAAAAGCAAAAGGAAGGAAAGAAGCGAAUGAAGCGCAUUGGUUCUGUUGAUAUACCUCAAGAGGCAUUUCAUGAACUACUGAAGGUUUCAUGAAGAAAAUGUUCUGAAGAAUUGGCCAUAUUCAGGAUUGGUAAUGUCAGUAAUUCAAAUUUUCUCUUGAGAUUGUUGACUGAAAAAGGCUAAUAGAAUGCAGGACCCACAAUAUUGUAUUUAUGGUUGAUAAUAAUCAACUACACUUAGUUUUCAGUGAGCCCCUAAGGGCUUGUGAUUAGGUCUUGGAUGUGAGGAGCGUUCUUUCAAACUUUAUGGUGGGGACUGGGGAGGCUGUUGGAUAAGGCAAAGUGAGGGAAGAGGCAUAUGAAGCACACAAGCUCUGCGGGCGACCUUCUGACGAGCUACCAAGAUUUCAUGAGGAAAGAAGCAUGUAUGAUCAUCAAUGAUUUUUCCUAUAGCACAAUUUCUUUGUAGCAUCUAAAGUAUUUUUUAUAAGUGUAGCAUCUAAAGUUAGAGAUGCCGGAAAAAAAUUACCUUUUUUUUGGGAUUGGGUAUCAUAAGUUACUAUAAAAUUUCCCUUUUGUUGGGGUGGGGAGUUUUGAGUUU